GGUGAUUAAGGGAAAACUUCAAGACAACUUGUGUUCCACAACACGCAAUUAGAACUCAGCCUAGGAUCAGGUUACAUAAUGAUUUUCGAUCUCCCCAGUGGCAGUGCUAAUCGUUGCCUCUCUCCUUUCGAGUGUUCUUACGGCUUUGAAGCUUGAUCAUGUUUUCGCCUCCUCCACCUUCGUAUUUCGGUUCUGAAAUCCAAGGAUAUAUGCUGCCAACUGGAGCUCUCUUUUCGACGAUUCCACAGACUGAACCUGGCCGGCGACGUCCCGCUGCAUCUUUGUCUUCGCAGCAGCACAGACUCGGAUAUUUCGCUUUUCCAGAAGGGACAGCAGCUCAUGCUGCCAACUUAUUCACUCCGCCAUCUGCACCUGCAGUCAUGGACGAGGAAACGCCGCACGAUGAGCAGAUCUCUAACGAGUAUCUGGAAGGUCUGAAACGGGAGGCUGAACUGCGUAGAACUGCAGAGAAAGCUGAAGCACUUUGCGGGGAGGAGAACUGGGUGCGGAACGGUGGCUUGCUGAGGGAUGCUGAUGGAAACAGGGACUAUGCGAGGACGAACGCGAUGCGGGAGGAGCUGAAACUCCGGGAUCUGGAGGAAAGCUUGGUCAACCGUUGGAACGCGUAUGAGAAUGGAUGGCAGGAUCUGGUGUCUUCCAACAGUCCCCUUCGGUUUUCAGAUAUACCUUGGCCGAUCGCUGUCGUAUCUUGUCCUCAAUCGUCAAAGGAUCUGGGUCCGAUGGCAGUGAAGCUAGGUGAUAUGUCGAUGGAAGAGGUUGAAGAUCUCUUGCUGGGUGACUUGACAGUGAGAGGCUGCACUGUAACCAGGAAGGAACGGAUCAGGAAUUCUUUAUUACGGUGGCAUCCCGAUAAAAUGACGGCGAUCUUGUCAAGGGUCAUGGAAGAGGAUAUCAGCGAUGUUGUGGAGGGUAUUGGCAUCGUCGUUCGGUGCUUGCAUCGCCUUAACUCGAAAGAUGCGUCAUGAUUACAUAAUUACCAUUUCAGGAUCGAAAUCAAUUUGUGGCGGUACAGUUGUACCGUAAUCGUAGAAGACUGGGAUCUAACACGGAAUACGUGGCGGCCGCCAUCCGAUUAAUGUUCAGUUUAGUUGGAUUGGAUUGCUGGCCUUGGUGUAAGAAAAUGUAUCCUCUGUGGACAGAUGACUGAGCGAAAGAAAGGG